AAGUAUGGAGACAUGUGACUUUCCUGACUUUCCUGUCUAUAGUACUGAGGGACUGUACUGUCCGAUACCAGAAUAUACAUCGAAUUGGCUGGAGGUUGGUCUAAUCUCCUUGUGUUUACUUGUUUGGGUCUCAUUUUGCUGUUUGUGGUACUAUGAAGGACCAGUUCCCAGAUCGGCUUUUAUUGUUAGAUCAUUAGUACCUAUCUCAGUUAUCUACGAGUUAACUCUUUUAUGGAGCCAGAGCACAGGAAAUGAAGCACUCUAUCACUAUCAGUAUGUGGUUUACAUCGUGAUACCGCUCUCAUUGGUAAUGCUGCGUUUUAAUACUGAUAAGGAAACAAACUCUCUUUUGUUACCAUUGAUAAUCGGUUUGUUUGCAGAGGCUAUAUUCUAUACCCCCUUUGGUGCUUUUAGACAACGAGGAGGACAAUAUGGCAAGAUGUGGAGAUCAGGGUCUACUUUCUAUAGUUGUUGGUUACCACUAUGUUAUGCAAUACUUUAUGGAAACCUUACUUGUGUGGUUAUUGUGUUCCUACCUAUAAAAUUUACUCAAGAGAUACUUGAAGGGCUAAAUUUGAACUACCUCACUACCAGUAUUUCACCAGCCUUUUCUCUGUUACACAACAUCUUAAGAGGAUUUACUAAUUUCUUUGCUAUCCUUGGAUUGACCUAUAUUACCUUAUUGUGUCAUAUUGGGUCUGUGAUCUACUUUAGCUAUCAAGGCAACAGUGGAGGAAGAUUACCGGAAAAUACGUCACAUUAUAUUGAAGUUUCUGUUAUAUUCCUGAAUCUGGUAAUCUGGGGUAUGUGGUUGGUAUACAACUGUGAAGUAAAGCUUAAAAGAGCUGGAACACUGCUUUUAACUGAUGCAACUGCCAACUAUACCUCUACUGAACAAGUCACUGUUGAAAAUAUCGAGCAAGUGUUCAGAUUUAAUACACCAUAUAAUUAUGAACUGGCAGCCAUCAAACAUAUUAGUGUCUUCAGCUCACCAUUAACUGCUCCGUUUAAAAGUUCCGCACCAUAUGUUCGCAGUUUUAUGCAGCGACAAUAUCUACCUGUGGACUACCAUGCAUUUGUUGUGUUUGAAACAGAUGGAAUGUUUUGGGCUGUUGAUAAGAUGAAAGAUGGGAUAUUUGUGAGUUGGAGUAAAAAUCUCGAAUCUGCUGUAUUUUACUUCCAGGAUCAUCUUCGUCCAAAACCUAUCCACCUACUGGUUCAAGAUGCAUCAACUUCUUCACUUAUUGACAUGGUCCGCCGUUUAAAAAGCAAACUGGAUUCGAAUAAAUACGAUCUUGUGGACAGAAACUGCCAACAUUUUUCAAAAGAAGUCUUUGAUAAGUUUGCAAUUGAUAAAACAUGGGACUUUACUUCUCCAACUGAUUUGACAAGCCCUCUCAAACUGUUUAGCGACGGUGGAUAUCCUUUAUUCUUAUUUGUGUGGACCGUCUCUGUUUUGUGUGAGCUAUUUUUUCUAUACAGUGAUGAAAAAGAGGAGGACAAUAUGCAAAGAUGUGGAAAUCAGCUUCCACCUUUAACACAUUCUGGUUACCGAUUUGUUAUUUGAUGGUUUAUGGCAUUCCUAUCUUUACAUUUUCUGCGGUAUUGCCACUUAUUUUAAUAAGUACUGGCUUGUAUAUACACAAGAAUCUGGAUACACAAGAAACAUCUCUCUUAUCGCCUUCACUAAAUGUUAUUAAAUGGAUUUGUGAUAAGAGUCUUACAGUCUGUGACAAGAGUCUUACAAUCCCUUUUUAUGUACUAUAUUAUUUAGGUACAAUGCUGUACUUCAGUUUGCAAAACUAGAUCAAAGAUGUGAACUGUUGAAAACUGUUGGGAUUCCUUCCAUUUGCCAAUCUCUCUUUUACCUGUUACAGAUAUUAUGAUCUAUUAUGUAAAUGUAAAUGAGUAACAUCAGACUUCUUAUCUAACGAACAAUUAGUCGGAGGAUUCUAUCAUUCAAUGAUGUUUCCAGAUUAACUUUCAUACCAUAUCUAUUAGUCAAUUAACUCAUUUAUUAUAAAUUCAUUUGCUGUUGUUUUG